AUGAUACAAUCAGACAAAGGAGCAGAUCCACCAGACAAGGACGUGAAGCUUUCUACCACCACCAACCCAGAGAGUGGCCUCUCCCAAAUCCUGAGGCUUGUGCUGCAAGAGUUGAGUCUGUUCUACAGCCGAGAUGUGAACGGAGUGUGUCUCUUAUAUGAUCUCCUCCAUUCCCCGUGGCUGCAGGCUCUGCUAAAGGUUUAUGACUGCCUCCAGGAAUUUAAAGAAAAGAAGCUAGUUCCUGCCACCCCCCAUGCACAGGCAUUAUCCUCUGAGGCCUUGCUCAGUGCCCAUGACACAGUAGCUCAGAAAGAUUUUGAGCCCCUACUUCCUCCACUGCCAGACAACAUCCCUGAGAGCGAGGAAGCCAUGAGGAUUGUUUGUUUGGUGAAAAACCAACAGCCCCUGGGAGCCACCAUCAAGCGCCACGAGAUGACAGGGGACAUCCUAGUGGCCAGGGUCAUCCAUGGUGGGCUGGCCGAGAAGAGUGGGUUGCUGUAUGCUGGAGACAAACUAGUGGAAGUGAAUGGAGUUUCAGUGGAGGGGCUGGACCCUGAACAAGUGAUCCAUAUUCUGGCCAUGUCUCGAGACACAAUCAUGUUCAAGGUGGUUCCAGUUUCUGACCCUCCUGUGAAUAACCAGAAGACGGUGUACGUUCGUGCCAUGACUGAGUACUGGCCCCAGGAGGAUCCCAACAUCCCCUGCAUGGACGCUGGAUUGCCUUUCCAGAAGGGGGACAUCCUCCAGAUUGUGGACCAGAAUGAUGCCCUCUGGUGGCAGGCCCGGAAAAUCUCAGAUCUUGCUACCUGUGCUGGGUUAAUACCUUCUAAACAACUUCUAAAGAGGAAACAAAGGGAAUUCUGGUGGUCUCAGCCAUACCAGCCUCAUACCUGCCUCAAAUCAACCAAAUUCAUCUCUAUGGAAGAAGAAGAUGACAUGAAGAUUGAUGAGAAAUGUGUGGAAGCAGAUGAAGAAAUAUUUGAAUCUGAGGAACUUUCAGAAGACAAGGACGAAUUUGUUGGCUAUGGUCAGAAGUUCUUUAUUGCUGGUUUCCGUCGCAGCAUGCGCCUUUGUCGCAGGAAGUCUCACCUCGGCCAGCAGCGGGCCAGCGUGUGCUGCACCGGCAGCUGCUACAGUGCGGUGGGUGCCCCUUACGAGGAGGUGGUGCGGUACCAGCGACGCCCUGCAGACAAGCAUCGCCUCAUAGUGCUCAUGGGACCUUCUGGUGUUGGAGUCAAUGAACUGAGAAGACAACUUAUUGAAUUUAAUCCCAGCCGUUUUCAAAGUGCUGUGCCACAGUUCUUAUUUUCUUUGUUCCACUCCUGCAGGAUGCUGGAGUAUGGUGAGUACAAAGGCCACCUGUAUGGCACUAGUGUGGAUGCUGUUCAGGCAGUCCUUGAUGAAGGAAAGAUCUGUGUUAUGGACUUGGAGCCUCAGGAUAUUCAGGUGGCUCGAACUCAAGAGCUGAAGCCCUAUGUCAUAUUUAUAAAGCCAUCUAGCCUGAGUUAUAUGAAACAAUCUCGGAAAAAUGCCAAGAUUAUUACUGACUACUUUGUGGACAUGAAGUUCAAGGAUGAAGACCUACAAGAGAUGGAGGAUUUAGCCCAGAAAAUGGAGACUCAGUUUGGCCAAUUUUUUGAUCAUGUGAUUGUCAAUGACAACUUGCAAGAUGCAUGUGCCCAAUUGUUGGCUGCCAUUCAGAAGGCUCAGGAAGAGCCUCAGUGGGUACCAGCAACAUGGAUUUCCUCUGGUGCUGAGUCUUAA